GAUCAAGGAGGUCCAAGCUGCAGUAAAGCAAGUUUAGCAUCAGAUGUCGGUGAGCCAGCCACAGUCAGGAAGAGGUGCGCCUUGUUUACGCUGCAGAGGGAUGUGCACAGGCUUUGAGCCACAUUCUUGGAGGAAAAUCUGCAAGUCAUGCAAAUGCAGCCAGGAGGACCACAGCCCGAGCUCGGAUGUGGAGGACGAUCGGAAAAUUGGGCGCCUGCUGUCGGACUCGAAGUAUGCCACGCUCACUGCCCGGGUGAAAGGAGGUGACGGCGUUCGCAUUUACAAAAGGAACCGCAUGAUCAUCACCAACCCCAUCGUCUCUCGGAAAGACCCCACCUUCGACACCAUCACGUACGAGUGGGCUCCCCCGGGGCUCACCCAGAAGCUGGCCAUGCAGUACAUGGAGCUGAUCCCCAAGGAGAUGCAGCCGGUGGCGGGGACGGAUGGGGCAUACUAUCGCCGGCGGCAGCUGAUGAGACAACUCCCACUGUACGACCAGGACCCAUCCCAGUGCUGCGGCCUCGCGGAGGGCGAGCUGAAGCUGAUGGAAGACUUUGUGAAGAAGUACAAAGCCGAAGCGCUGGGCGUUGGGGAGGUGGCGCUGCCGGGGCAGGGCGGCAGCGGGAAGGAGGAGGGGAAGGCGCAGGACAAGAGCAUCGCUGCCGGCAAACCCCCCGAGUCCACCAACGGGGCCCUGGAGAGCACGCCCGCGGGAGGGCACUACCGCUGCGAGACCUGCAAGCAGGCGGUACCAGGGGACUGCCCGGUGGUGUUCGCUGACAGGGCGGGCUACUCCCGGCAGUGGCACCCGGCGUGCUUCGUGUGCUGCCGACGCUGCGCCGGCUGCGACGAGAUCAUCUUCUCGGAGGACUACCAGCAGGCAGAAGGGAUGGCCUGGCACAAGAAGCACUUUGCCUGCCUGGAGUGCGAGACGCUGCUGACCGGCAAACCCUUCGCUCUGGACAACGCCAGCCUCCUGUGCAUGACCUGCAGCAAAAGCAAAUGUCUCUGAGCAGGGAUCAGCCCGGGGGCGAAGUGGGCUCCCCAAGGUCCCACCAGGACUGGGGUCAUUUGAUAAGUACAUGAGAAGGGGAAGGUUAAAAAAAAAUUAGAGCCUGACUAUUCACUUGCAAGCAACUAAGUGCCCCCUUGCAUCCAAUACAGCUUGCAGGAGAAUGUUUCCUUGGGGAGGAAGCAAAGGAAAUUGGUACGCCUGCGGGUGGGAGGUACACGGCGUAUCUGACUAGGAGGGACUGGAAAGGAGGUUCUGUGUUGUGCUGUUUUUUAUAAAGUCUCUCCAAGCUUCUUAUGACUAAGAUCUUGUAAUAGUCUUUUGGAAAUAACACAUCUCAAAAGUAACUUUUGGCAUACUAAACCUACAGUCGUGGUCAAAAACAAGGGUUGUUAGUAUUUUUUGAAAUCCAUGCUGGAAGUUUACACUAACAGGCUGCUGACAACUGUACUAGAGCAAUGGGUUUGAAGAAUUUGAUUAAUCCAGGUGAUUACUUUCUGAAAGCAAAUGAUAUAAAAUUGCAGCAACAUGUAGCUAUAGCUUUCUCCUCCUAAGUGUACAAAAAUGAAAAAAUAACAAGUUGGCACACGGGGCAAUUGGUUUUAACCCUGGUGAGAUGGGAAGGGUGCAGCUCUGCCCCGGGGCAGCUGACUGGCUCAACCCGUGUGAGCUUUAGCCCUGAAACUGGAAUGCAAAAGCAUUCCUGGCAGGUCCCACCGACCAGGCUCCCUGGCCUCUCCCCUGCCUCCGACUGCCUGUUAUUCCAGGCGAGCGUGUUUCCACAGAGCGGCAUUGUGUUCCCACUGCGAUGUUGGAGGUCGUUAAGCAUGUAAAGUAUGGGCCUUUAUUUUGGCUGGGUUUGACCAGGAGUUUUAUUUACAACAGCUUUCCAGCCUGAGCUGUCUUGGGGGGGGCGGGGGGGGUGCCUGAAAUGCUGCAAUGCCAGUUUUUCCCUGUGAUGCAUCAGUGACCCCCUCCAAGAACCAGGGAACCGUACCCUCCCCUCGGAGCCGGCAGCACCCUCGCCCUGGGCUCUGCCCUGCUCCUCAUCGUGCAGCUCUCCUGUCCCUAGGGGAGGUCCCCUUCCCCUCUUGGAUCUGAUAGGGGUGACACUGUCCCAGGAUCCGGCACUGAGCCUCUGCAGGUAGUAUUUGUUCCCUACAUCAAGUGAUGCUUCUGAUAGUCGCUGAAAAUAUCAACUAGUCCAGGCUGGCAGAUAUCUGUGUGCUCAGUCUUUUUUCUUAUAUUAAAUGUCUACAUUCUUUGCCAGAGAACUGGAAUAUCUUUUGCAGAGGUGAGUGUGCAAUGAGCUCACAAUUGCUAGGUUUUUUCUGCUACAGAAGAUGCUGUUUCUCUUUAAAGCGUGCUCCAUGCUGUGGAUGUUUGCUUGCUUAUGAUAAAAUAACUUGCAAAUGAGCGUUGGGGGGAAACUGCACCUGCUGCAGGGUUAGAGCAUGCGAGUCUGGGACGGACUCUGCCCCUCCGCUGUGUGUGCCGGGGGGUGCCCUGCUCCGCUGCUGGGGAGGAGCGGGCCAAGUCCAUCACCAUCUUUGAGUAGGUGAGACCAAUGUGCUGUAAAGAUGUACCUGUACGCAUGGGGGGGGUGAGCACCUCUUACACCUUGUCCAGCCCUGUGCUGUUGCAUGGUUGAUAUUCCUGGAAAUGCUGGGGGUAUUUAAAAAUUAAAUGAAACGCUUGCUCCGGAGCUGGAGCAGAGCAGGAAAAUCCCAAGGUGGCAGAGACAGCCGUAGCUGUGGGGGUGAUGGACAUGUGUUGCAGGGUAUCGCGGUGCACGUGCUCCUGGGGUCGCUUGUCCAUCUUGGGUUAUUCAAGGGAUGCGUUGAGUGCCUGGGGUGUCGCUUCUGUAAACUCAGUCGGAUGCUGCAAGUCAAGAAAGGAUGCGUAGAUCUGAAGUUGUGUGAGGAAUAAUAAAGCUCUCUUGGAUCAGCCUUGGAUACAGCUACUUUGGUUAUAAGUAAAGUGGGAAUGAAAAAUAAAGCCCAGUGCUUAGCU